GUUGAAAUCUUCACAUUUUGAUUUGAAUUCACCUAUUAUGAUUUAUACAUUAACCAAGCUAUAACCCUUCUUGGUAGUAAAGAAUAAGACCUUGUAGUUUGUCUAUUAUGGCUUCACAAGCCAGGAACCAGGAGCAGCCUCACUUUGUCCUGAUGCCACUCAUGGCACAAGGGCAUAUGAUCCCCAUGAUAGACAUGGCUAGGCUCUUCGCAGAGCGCGGUGUGAUGGUUAGCUUAGUCACCACUCCAUACAAUGCCUCAAGAUUUGAGUCAUGCAUUUCUCGAGCAAGAGAUCAAUCCAGGCUUCCAAUAUCCAUUGUGAAAAUCCCAUUUCCAAGCCAAGAAGUGGGACUUCCAAUGGAGAGUGAGAGUCUUGACACUUUACCAUCUCGAACUCUGUUGAGGAGGUUUUUUAAGGCUCUUAGCAUGCUGCAGGAACCACUAGAAAAGUACCUUGAAGACCAGAAGAUUAAGCCAUGGUGCAUAAUCUCGGACAAGGCCCUCUCGUGGACUUCAAAAACAGCUCAGAAGUUCAACAUUCCAAGGAUUGUUUUCCAUGGAAUGUGCUGCUUCUCACUGCUGAGCUCUCACAAUAUCAAACUCCAUAAUGCCCACACUUCUGUUGCUUCUGACUUUGAACCUUUUGUGGUGCCAGGGUUGCCCCACAGGAUUGAGAUCACUAAGGCUCAGCUACCAGGAGCAUUUGUCCCGCAACCCGAUUUGGAUGAUUUCAGGGAAAAGAAUAAAGAGGCUGAAGCAAAAUGUUAUGGUGUGGUGGUGAAUAGCUUUAAUGCACUUGAACAUGGGUGUGCUGAGGAGUUGGAGAAGGUGCUUGAUAAAAAGGUUUGGUGCAUUGGACCAGUUUAUUUAUGCAACAAGAGAAAUUCAGAUAGGAUUUCUAGAGGUAACAAAUCAUCAAUUGAUGAGACACAAUGCUUGCAAUGGCUGGAAUCAAUGGAACCAAGGUCUGUCAUCUAUGCUUGUCUUGGUAGCCUUUGUAGACUAGUCCCAGCACAACUGAUGGAGCUUGGACUAGGCUUAGAAGCAUCAGGAAAACCCUUUAUCUGGGUAGUCAAAACAUGUGCAGAGUAUGAAGAAUUGGAGAAGUGGUUAGUGGAGGAGAGGUUUGAGGAAAGGAUCAAAGGAAGAGGCCUUUUGAUAAAAGGUUGGGCUCCCCAAGUUCUUAUUCUCUCAAGUCCAGCAAUUGGAGGGUUCUUAACUCAUUGUGGUUGGAACUCCAGCAUAGAAGGGGCAUGUUCUGGUGUGCCAAUGAUCACAUGGCCUCUAUUCGCCGAGCAAUUCCUAAACGAAAAAAUGAUCGUGGAGGUUUUAAAGAUCGGUGUUCGGGUUGGUGUGGAGAUUCCUGUUAGAUGGGGGGAUGAAGAGAAAGUUGGAGUGUUGGUGAAGAAAGAUGGGGUCAAGAGAGCAAUAGAAGCACUAAUGGAUGGAGGUGAAGAAGGAGAAAAGAGAAGAAACAGAGCAAGAGAAAUUAAAGAGAAGGGUAGAAGAGCCAUGGAAAAAGGAGGGUCAUCUCACUCAAAUAUUUCUACUUUGAUUAAAGAUGUUAUGGAGUUGCAUGAAUUCACCCAAAACAAAGGUCAGAAGCUGUAACUUGAGCAUUAUUGAAAAAUCAUAGUAUUUGCAGAUCUUUGUUGCAGAUUCAGCUUGAACAUGGAUACAACCAUACAAGCAAGAGUCCCCUUAAACAGUUUCAAUUGUACAUAUUAGUUUCCUCUACUUUAACAUAAUAUCUUGUUGUUAUAUAUGAACUUCAAUUCACUACCGAACGGUUUGUGGCAUGUAUCAUCUGAAUUACGAGUACUGUGUUUCUUUCUCUUUUU